CACACACACACACACACACACACACACACACACACACACACACACACACACACACACACACACACACACACACACACACACACACACACACACACACACACACACACACACACACACACACACACACACACACACACACACAAAAAAAAACGUAAAUAUUACAUUUACAUAAGUAUUCAGACCCUUUACUCAGUACUUUGUUGAAGCACCUUUGGCAGCGAUUACAGCCUGGAGUCUCCUUGGUUGGGUAUGAUGCUACAAGCUUGGUACACCUGUAUUCGGGGAGUUUAUCCAAUUCUUCUCUGCAGAUCAUCUCAAGCUCUGUCAGGUUGGAUGGGGAGCUUCACUGCACAGCUAUUUUCAGGUCUCUCCAGAGAUGUUCGAUCAGGUUCAAGUUCAGAGACUUGUCCCGAAACCACUCCUGUGUUGUCUUGGCUGUGUGCCUAGGGUCUUUGUCCUUUUGGAAGGUGAACCUUCUCCCCAGUCUGAGGUCUUGAGUGCUCUGGAGCAGGUUUUUGUCAAAAAUCUCUCUCUACUUUGCUCCAUUCAUCUUUCCCCUGAUCCUGACUAGUCUCCCAGUCCCUGCCGCUGAAAAACAUCAACAAAGCAUGAUGCUGCCACCACCAUGCUUCACCGUAGGGAUGGUGCCAGGUUUCCUCCAGAUGUGAUGCCUGACAUUCAGGCCAAACAUUACAUUACAUUUAAGUCAUUUAGCAGACGCAGAGUUCAAUCUUGGUUUUAUCAGACCAGAGCAUCUUGUUUCUCAUGGUCAAAGUCCUUUAGGUGCCUUUUGGAAAACUCAGAGCGGGCUGUAAUGUGCCUUUUACAGAGGAGUGGCUUCCGUCUGGCCACUCUACCAUAAAGGCCUGAUUGGUGGAGUGCUGCAGAGAUGGUUGUCCUUCUGGAAGGUUCUACCAUCUCCACAGAGGAACUCUGGAGCUCUGCCAGAGUGACCAUCGGUUUCUUGGUCACUUCCCUGACCAAGGCCCUUCUCCCCUGAUUGCUCAGUUUGGCCGGGCGGCCAGCUCUAGGAAGAGUCUUGGUGGUUCCAAACUUCUUCCAUUUAAGAAUGAUGGAGGCCACUGUGUUCUUGGGGACCUUAACUGCUGCAGACAUUUUUUGGUACGCUUCCCAAAAUCUCUGCCUGGACAAAAUCCUGUCUCGGAGCUCUAUGGACAAUUCCUUCGACCUGAUGUCUUGGUUUUUGCUCUGACUUGCACUGUCAACUGUUGGACCUUAUAUAGACAGGUGUGUGCCUUUCCAAAUCAAAUCCAAUCAAUUACUGAGGAGUAUUUCUGUCUGUAAUAAAGACAUUUUGUGGGGAAAAACUCAUUCUGAUUGGCUGUGCCUGGCUCCCCAGUGGGUGGGCGUAGCUGCCAAGUGGGUGGGCCUAUGCCCUCCCAGGCCCACUCAUGGCUGCACUCCUGCCCUGACUGAUUUCCUUAUCUGAACUGUAACUCAGUAAAAAUCUUUUAAAUGUUUGUAUGCUGUGUAUAUAUCUAUCUAUCUGUUUAGAUAGAGGAAAGGUAGUGGGACUGAUCCUAUCUAAAUGGGGUAAUUCCAUUUGAAUUCAAUCACUUUUUGACAUCAUACUUUUUGCCCCAUGGAAGAAGUGGUCAGAAAGGGACUUUUUGAACCAGAAUGCCGGAACAUGUAGGAGAUAAAAGGUGCUCAAAGUUGACCCCUUUUUCGAUACCCCACAAUACCACGAGACAUCAAUGUCUUCAUCACUGGAAAAGAUAAACGGUCGAGAGUGAUACAAUUGAACCCUAUCAGUCCCAAGACCCCGUUUUUUGUUCUCCAUUUUUCUGACGUUCAUUUAUCUGCAUGUCAGACUAACGGUUGGUUGGAGUCAUUGGAUUAAAAGCUUACAGUGCUGUCAAACUCUUUUUAUUAUUCCCUGAAAAAAAAAUAUGAAAUUGUCAUUUUGAUACCUUUUUAAAUGUCAAUGAUCUAAAAUAACAUAAACCUAAAAAUACUUUAAAAAAAAUCUUCAUAUUUGCAUAUUAAAGCCCAUUUCACAUCAUAUGAGGUUUUUGUGUGGUGCCAGCCAUCGAUUGAGACACAACAUGCUCUUGAAAACAGUGUGGCUGUCAUUUCAAUCAUAGAUAUAGGAUUCAUAGAAUGGACCCAUCCCUUCAGAUCACUGCUACACCAUUGAAACGUAAAUUAAAUUGUAGCUUCUAAUUACUACCACAAAGAUGACCGCAGGUCCACCCACCGUCGAAUGUCAACUUAAAUGGUCAUGUUUAUUCUAUUAUCUAUGUGUGUUUCAAUAGGUUUCCUAUGCUGGAUUGACAGUGUAACUUGAAACAACAGAUAUUCCCAUUCAAAUCAACAUUCUCUGAUGUGUGGACCUUCAAACCAUCUUUGUGAUACCAUUUGAAAGUUUUACAUUUCAAUUGUAUUCCCAUUUCAGUACAUUUAUCAGUCAAAACAUGACACCCACCCUGUAUUCAAGAGCAUGUUGUGUCUCAACUGAUGAUUGGCACAACACAAAUACCUCAGAUGUAAAAUAUGGUCGAAGCAUAUGUGAAUAUGAAGGGGAAAAAAUCAAGAGUUAACACGUUUUUAAAUAGUUGACAUUAAAGGCAAAAAAAAAAAAAAAAAAGUUAAUGCAGAAAUUAUAAAAUAGAUUGACAACCCUGUUUGUAAUCUUUUCAAUUAUAUACAUCUCAACCAUUCAUCUUUUCCAGUGAAUUGGAUUUUUAAAAAACAUUUUUUUUUUUAAAUUGAUCCUUUAUUUAACUAGUCAAGUCAGUUAAGAACAAAUUCUUAUUUACAAUGACAGCCUACCCCAGCCAAACCUGGACGACGCUGGGCCAAUUGACAUCUACCCUAUAGGACUCACAAUCACUGCCGGUUAUGAUACAGCCUAGAUGAAGACAUGGAUGUCUCAUGGUAUGGUAGGGUAUGCAAAACGGGUCAAAUUGAAUCACCCUUAUCUCCUGAAUGUUUUGGCAUUCAGGUCCAAAAAGUCACUUUCUGAGCACUUCUACAGUGAGCAAAUGUGUACGGAAGGUUUCAUUCAAAUCAAAAGGGGUGCUGUCAAAAAGGGAACCACUUCAAAUGGAUUUAGCCAAUGGCCAUGCAAAAACGUUCUCUUGAGUCCAUCAUAACCCACUUAGCAUUUACAAGAAAGAAAGUGUUAAAUGUCAUUUUUUCCUAAAUAGUAUAUUGUUCAGAGAGUUGUCAAGGGAGAAGGCAGGUGAUAGAACGGAAAUGAAAAUGGAAGGAAGGAGGGAUUUUGGACUGAAAGGAAGUAAGGUUUAGUCCAGCAAUGAAAGAGGUGGGGAUUCCAUGAGCAGCUGUACACAACAGUCUUUACCCUACUAGUUGUCCCAAAAGAAGGUGCGCCCUCCAACAAUAACAGAUGAUCAUUUCCCCCAUGAAACAGCAUUGACCAUCUUCAUUAGCUAACUUCAUCCGCACUCUCUCGGACUGUGCUGAGACUUGCUAUCAAGUCUUCCAUUGUUGAAUGGGUAGAUCUCAAAGCAACAUUCAUCACACUAGCCUUGAAACUAUUACUACACUGCUCCUACCAGCUCUUUAUUCCUGUUCAAUAAAUAACUGGUUGGUCUUCGUAAUAGAGUUUGUCAAUCUACCACAAUCAAAAUGUCAAUUUUUUUAACACACUCUUUCCCUUUUUAUCAAUGGUCAUGGCUUUGUUGUUGUCGUUGGCAUGAUCACUGGAUCUUGUUCAUCCAAUGCAGUGUAAAUGGUGAGAAACCAGACAUCACGCAGUAUAGAUCUCAUCUGGGAGUGUUUAUGUGCUCUGACUAUGGAUGAACAGGUAGCAGUUGCCAUGGCAAACACCCACUCUUUCUUUAUCAAGCACAAGACCAAGAUAAGUAGACAUUUUCUGACGUCCUUCCUUCUUCCCAGCCACAGCUCUCUCUCGCCCCUCUCCUACUCUCACUCUCUCUCUAUAUACAGUAUCCUUGUACUCAAUGAACUACGUCUUAAUUCAAAAGGGAAAUUAACAAAAGGCAGAAUAGCAUAUAUUGGUUUUAUUUCUGAGACCAAGAUGAACACCCCAAUAUGCUCGCACUCACACAACUUGUUUCUUCUCUCUUCUCAUCCAGCUGAAUGAAAAGUGAAACCCCGUUCUCUAAAGAGGAGCCAUCUCUGCUCAGCCAAUCAGCCUGUGAUCUGCCUGGUCUCUCAGGAAAGUCUCUGAUGCCAUGGAGCACAGGGCCCUGAUGUAUACCAGUCAACCCUGGAAGGGGCCCAAGGGCUCCACCUUCACCCCCAACUGGGACACCCCAUCAUGCCGACCAACCGUCACAUCCCUUUGCCCUGACGUGGUAAAGUCCCCGUGUCAACAUGCUGCCGACAUAUGUCACCCUUCAGAAGUCCCUGUGACCUCCCAGUCCCAGCAGAUUGGCCCCCACGCCUCAACAUCCUCUGGGUUUUCUGCCACUGCCAACACUGCCAGUAGAAAAGGUGAAAAGGAGUGUAAUAUAGUCAUCCCCAUUCAAAAUGAGGAGACGGCCCUGCCAGCAUACAACCCUGGGUUUCGCGGACGCUCCUUCUCCGCAGCCACUGCCUCACACCCAGUCCCACCCAGACGCAGAUGUGACAGCUACGUCCACCUAUGCCCCGACAACGGCUCAGAGGACACUAGCAGAGGCGACGCCUCCCAGUUGAGCCCAGACGUCUCCCCUGAUCACGGUGGUCCACGGUCGCGUUCCCGCAGCAUCAUCCUGAGGAAGACAAAGAGGAGGCCGGCGCCGCCAACCCGUAGCGUGUCCCUCAGGAGAGAAUCUGCCACCAAGCUCAGAGACAACAGGACUAAGAGCCUUUAUAUCGACAGGGACCCUGCCCCCCAUGACUCCUUCCUGCCUGACCUCAUCCUCAUCUCCACACCGAGGACAGAGGAGGUGCUGUGCCUGGAGCAGUCCCCUGCUCAGCCUGUACAGGCCCGGGUUGGGCCACCAGUCAACGACAAUGGGCAGCUACGUGAAGUAAGGUCUAUUGAGCCCUGCUGUCUCAUGUCAAGCUCAGGUCCUGCUAUGGUUGCACCUAUAAAUGAGGGAAGAAAAGCCUCCAGCAGGUCAGAAUCGGUCAGACCCCUUCCCCCCUUGCAACGCCCGCAGUCUCUAACUUGUAACCAGUCCCCCUUCCAACAACCUGCCUCAGUCUCUCCCUCCAGUGGCCAGUCCAGCUCUCAGUGUGAGACUCGUUCCCCUCCUGUCCUCACAUCUGCCAUCACGGGACCCUCCCCCUUGGGCUGCAGGAUGCGCCCCAAGUCCUCCACCUCGCCCACCUCCCCCAGAUCCAGCAGGCUGCGGCUAUCCUUGGAGUUGCCAGGGGUCGUUCCUCUCCCGGACCCGGCAGUGAUCAAACCCAAAGCCACCCGGCGACACUCAGAGUCUUCUGGGUCGUCUGGCACCACCAGACCCAGACAGAGGCUGAGCUCCAGCAUGAUGGUGAUGCCUGUGGUGACCCAGGAGGAUCUCAGCAAUGUGCGUUUGCGUUCCGUCAGCAGCUCAGACUCUGACAAAGGCCUGGAGGGCUCACCUGAAGUCAUCAGGGAGGAGGAGCUGGAACAGGAGCUGGAGCUGGAGAGCUGCCCACUGGUCCACCACAGUCCUAAAGCUAAACCACCUGUUGCUGCUAAGCCACCUGCACACAAAUGGCCACCGAUACAUUUGGUAAAGUCUUCCUCAGUCUCUACUAAUUUCUCAGAGACUGUUCCAACCUCACCAAGAGAGAGCCAGGGGGACAUGUAUAUGGUGGAAAGGAGACCAAAACCUAAAAGGUCGCACCAGCUUCCUCGUGUUGCCAGUGAUGGGGUUAUGGUUGAGAGGCAGCAAGCUGUAGACAGGCAACAAUAUGAUGACCCACACCCACCACCCGCCUCCUGCCAUUCAGAGAACAGGGAUGUGAGAAGGACCUCUCCCACCAGGACCUCAUUUCUCCUAGCUGAACUGGAUAGGAAGAAGAAGAUGGUUCCCCCUCCAGUCGCAAAGAAACCGGAUGUCCUCUUCAUGUCCUCCAUCAGCUCACUGGGACAGAAGAGUAAUAGGAGCCAUGUCUGGUCUGGGCCCAGUGGUGCUUACCAGUCUCCUGCCAGUGCAUACCAGUCUCCUGCCACUGCAUACCAGUCUCCAGCCACUGCAUACCAGUCUCCUGCCAGUGCAUACCAGUCUCCUGCCAGUGAUUACCAGUCUCCUGCCAGUGCAUACCAGUCUCCUGCCAGUGCAUACCAGUCUCCUGCCAGUGCAUACCAGUCUCCUGCCAGUGCAUACCAGUCUCCUGCCAGUGCUUACCAGUCUCCUGCCACUGCAUACCAGUCUCCUGCCAGUGCAUACCAGUCUCCUGCCAGUGCAUACCAGUCUCCUGCCAGUGCAUACCAGUCUCCUGCCAGUGCAUACCAGUCUCCUGCCAGUGCAUACCAGUCUCCUGCCAGUGCAUACCAGUCUCCUGCCAGUGCAUACCGAGACAAAGACUUUACUGGACAAGAUCUCAACCAUCACAGUAUAAGAGAUGGGUUCGUCCUAGUUGAGAACUGUGAAGAGAGGAGGGCAAUGUCUCAGAUGAGAACACUGUGCCUCGGGGAGGAAGAAGAGGAAGAGUUGGAGCACAACUCACAGUCAACUACUGAGGACCUAUUCACCAUCAUACACAGGUCCAAGAAGAAACUCCUGGGUCGCAAAGAAACAGCUGACAGCAGGCAAGGUUACGGAUCCCCCAUUAAAGGCAUCCAGGGGGUUGUCCAGAAGUCAAGCUCAAAAAAUGACAACUUCAUGGCUUUUCUGCAGAGGCGGAGGAGCAAUAAACCCAACUCUGGGGAGAGACUGUCAGCCGCUGAACUGCUGAAGAGUACCAAACCACUGGUCGGUCAGCCAUAGAGCAUCAAACAACUCCAAUGUUAAUGUUUCUCAAUGUGUUG